GUCAUAGAUUUUAUUCGGAAUGUUUCGAGUGUUUACGUUGCACUAAUGUAAAUUAUUAUAAACAAAAUCUUCAUUGAUUUGCUAGCAGAAUGGCGGAAAUUAACAACCAUUCCAAUCAAGAAGAACAGCAGCAUAAUGAGUUGAAUGAGGUAAAGAGAAGUCUUGAAGGAUGGAGAGAAGUCCUUCUUCCAUUGAAUGGUCUCUUGAACUGGGAGAAAACCUAUCAUCCAGCCAUCAUCAUCGGAUUAAAUACAUUCAUCUUCCUGUUGAUAUGGUACUUUGAGCCGUCAGUCCUGACCUCCUUUGCCCUGUUGGGAUUGGCUGUGAGUCUCAUUGAUUUUCUCGUGCCUAUGAUUGGUCCAAACUUCCUGGCAUCCAAAUGGACUGGUCGCCAGGAACAACAGUACGAGGAUAUCUGUAGGAGAAUUAUGAAUUUCAAGUAUCAUUCUAGAAAUCUGAUGGAAUCUAUGGUGUCCUUGAAGACAGAAAGGCCCAAAACAUAUUUCCUUAUCGUGAUGGGAGCGUUAGUGUCUAUGGCUUGGAUGGGAAGUAAAAUGGACAACCUUCUACUCACCUAUUUCCUAAUUACCAUGAUAAUGUUGGUUCCUGGUAUAAGACGCCAUGGCAUCCUGCAGAAGUAUUUCUCACGAGCAUUUGGUGUGAUUACGUCACUGAUCAGAGGAAAAACCAAGAGGUUCAAGUCCAGUUAGACUGCCAUGGUGAUGGUCAACGCCCUCUCUGUCCCAUCUAACCCACUCAGUACAUUACCAGCUUAACAGGAGGACAUUCUUCUUAGAUUUACCUCCGAGGUUUACUAGCCUCCGUAUAUGCUGCACCUGUAUAUUGAGAGAUUAGCUUUUCUUUUUUCAGUUGUUUUUUUAGUUUGUAUUAUGUUAAUGCUGCACCAUCUAGAAAAAUGUUCUUAGGACUUUCAAGAAGGGAUCAAGAGGAGAUUGUUUAUGUUAACAACAGGUGAAAGACUUCAAGAAAUCAAUGCAGACUCCCAGACAUAAAUUAAAUAUGGCUAUUCCAAAAUCAAGGAUAUAGAAGGGGUUGGAAUGCAUUAGUUUUCGUAGACCCACCCAUUGAAUAUGUGUAUGAAAAUGCAGGGAAGUCUUUAAUUAACCCCACCUCUGGUAUUAAAGAUGCCUUUCAACCCUUCCAUAAAUUAUGAAAUAACCCUGACAAGUGUAAUGGUAAUUGCUGUGGUGAAUUAUAAUUAGUAACAUAUGCAUGUUAUUGUUAAAGUCAAGUUUGCGAGAGAAAAAAAGGAAAAUUUUGUUGGCUGAAAACUUUUUAAAAUGUAACUACAAGACCAGUAUUUUGAUUUUAAGAAUGGUAUUUUUAUUUUGCCAUGUGAGUGUUUUAACAAAAUGUAACACAUAUACUUGUGCAAUGUGAAGUUACAUAGAAGUGGAAAUUUUUAAAUUUUUAAAUACAAAUGUAUUAAGCUAUUUUAAUAGAACUUUCACCCUAUUAUCUGAAUCUCUAUAUAAAUAUAUCGGUCUAAGACCUGUUGUCUCCUUCAAUUUUGGAAGUGACACAUAAAAGAUGCAAUAGUUUCAAAGAUAAAAAGUAAACAUUUUUGUUAUGUAGACUUUUAAUUCUUGUCAUAAAUUCUUAGUUGAAAUGAACAACAGUAUGUUAAGAGUGCAUGUAGAAUGUACAAGUAAGGGCAAAUUUGUAAUAUGUUUGGCUGCGCUGUGGAUUAAUUGAAGGUCACAUGUUCAAUCCGUAAUGAGUUAUACUUUUAGGGACCAUGUCCAACGUAGUUUUGUUGCUUUAGUUUUAGCCUAUUAUAUGUUUGUUAUUGUUGGAAACUCUGUUUUUGUUAAAUGUGUAUGUUAUGUGUAUUGCACAAUAUCUGUUUCAUUUUAAUAAAUUAAUAUGUUGAUCGAAUUAACACAGAAUUUUACUUAAUGUGUUCAUGGCUUUUUAAAUGUAUGUAAUUAUUCUUUAAAAGAAAAAGAUGUUCAUUUCUGAAAAAAAAUAUCUGUAUUACUUUAAAAAAAAAAAGUAGCCAAAAAAGGUGAAAGUUGCAUUAGGAUAAUGGUGUCUUCCAUGUAAAUCUGCCUUAUUUGGUCACACAUUGAUCAGGGUUCACAGCCAGUAGGGACACGGUUCAUGACCGGUUUCACCAAACUUGACCAGAUGAUCAGAGUUUAUAGUGAAAUCACAAAGUAUCAUGAACAAAUGAAUGAGGUUCAUAACAACAUGAAAGGGGUUCAUGAUUAGAUGGCUGGGGUUCAUGGCCAGUUUCUUUCUCUCUCUAUAUAUUUGACUGUUGUGGAUAUAUGAUAUCGAUGUUGUGAACUGUAGUGAGAAGUUCGGUGCUGUAGAAGUAACUCUAUUGAAAUUUGUAUUGCUUGAAACGGGUACAUUUUUGGUACCGUUUACAUAGAUAUGUAUUACUGAAUGAAGAAUCGGAUUUAUUCUCCUGCUAUUGAUAACUGCAUUAAGUGCCAUUUGUAGAUAAUAUUGUCAGAUUCCUCUCUAAAACACCUUUCGGACAUGAUCUGAAAUUAUUUGCAUGACGUUCUCAUGCAUGUAUUUGUAGUAUAUUUUCGAUAACAUCUUGAAAUAAGAGUUUGAUGUUUUCUGUAAGAUUAUAAUUCAGAAUCCUUCAAUAAUGUCUAAAUAGUAUCUUUUCUUGUUGGUGAAUCUUUGGAGGGCAGGUUUUGAUAAAUUUUGUUUUUGUAUUUUUAUAGUGAAGUCUAAACCGUUGUAGAUAAUCGGAAGCUUGACAGUACAUUUGAAUUUGUGUGUUGACAUUUUUGUGUAGGAUCAUCUAGUCAUUAGCUCGAAGCCUCUCUCCCACCUGUGUUUAUAUAUAAAUCCCAAUUUCCUUUAACUGAUGUGAUUGUAUAUAUGUAUGUAGCAAGCACUGCUUUCUAAACCAUUUACAGAGAGACAAUGCUAUUGUUGAUAUCUGGAUAUUGAUUUAGGCAUACAGCACAUUACUCUGAACCAGUUUGCCUUAAUAAAAUGAUCUCUGCAGUAACAACAUAAGCUUGCUGAAGCUCAAUAUGCUCUAGAAAAGUAUUGAAUCCAGAUGUAAACACCCUGGUUAUCGGCACAUGUGUAGAAAUGUCCGGGGGGGAAAAAUAGUGGAAAACAUGGUCGACUUAUGAAUAGUAUUAAAUCAGAAUUUGCUUAAAUUUGGCAUUGAAAUAAUGUAGACGGACUAGGUUUUACAAACAAAGGGUCACAUUGUUUUAUAAAUGUUUUACAAUAGGAUGAUAACCAUUGGAUGUAAUAUAGAAGUUUUACUGUAUAGAGCAUUCUCAGCCCCUAUUGCCUGUCAAACUAUCUCUAUACCAUUUUACUGACAGAGUGAAACAAAGGGAAGCAACUCUGAUAGAUCACACAGUGAAAUAUAGAAGUCUAAAAUCAGUUUUUUCAGGAUUUGAGGAAUGUCAGGUGUUUCUGUGUUUAACUAGCAACAUUGAUUAUAUCCUUGAAGCUGUAAAAUAAUGUCUGGCAGUGUUGUUAAUUUAUGGGAAAUUCGACUUGAUAACCAUUGUGUAAUUUGUGUCUUGCAAUCUGAGCUCAGGAAAAAGAAGUUUAAGGAAAAUUUUCUUCCGAGAGAUUUCAAGUUUAGGUAUUUUAUAAAACUGAGAGCUGGAAAAAGAAUUUUUGAUAAAUGAAGGCAGUUUUGAUGAUCAAACUAAUUAAAUAAAAUUCAAUUCUUCCAAGGAUGUGUAGAGAUGGUAUACAGCUUUUAGUGUUGUUUAUAGUAUUAAAUGUUUUAUAGAAAAAUAACCAAAAUACUGUCUCAGAUGUCAAAAUUGAUCAUGUUUACUUGUUUAAAAUGCACACCAAUAAGAUUAGACUACCAAAACUUGUACCAAUAUCUUUAAGGCCAUCUUUACUGGUAAAAUGUCUGAUAUGUCAAAAGUCAAAACCAGGAAACAGAUUAGUGUCGUGGAGAGUGUUGGGGGUGUAAAUCCUAAUUUAUCUUUUGAUGUGUUUAAAUUUGUUGCAGUUUUAUAUGUUUUUGUCUUGGACCAUUAUAACAUGUAUUUUCUCUGUUAAAAAUUUUCCCUCUCACGCAAGUCUAACCUCCUUACCUUUUAAAAAGAAUUCACCUGCCACAGAGUAGUCUACCUUGGCAAUUGGUACAGUUUAUUAGUACAUGUUUAUAAAUCUCAUAGAGGUUAUUGAUAAUGAAUAUGUAUAUGAGUGACAAAUACUUGACAAUCAUUCACAAUAAUUUUACAGUUUUACUUGACUCUAUUAUAAGUCAUGAGUUACAUUAGAGUGCGCUUAACCUUAUUAUAUAAUACUGUAUUCAACACAAAUAAGAAUAUAUUUAAUUGACUAAGUACUAAUUACCAGUUUAAAUAUUCCUACUGAUUAUGAUAAUGCUGCAGAAUCUCAUUGUUUAAGUGUUUAUUGAAGUAGAAUUAUUCACCAUAGACCAGGUGUAUUAUGGUUACACAUGUUUUCAGCUUGCUUUUGAUACUCUCAUCGAGUGCCUGUGAUAAUUUUACUGUGUUACUGUGUUAUCUCCCUUUGUUUGUUUGUGUGAAGCUAAUUUGUACAGGUAUUAGUACAUCAUUAUGUUAAUUAUGUAUACAUGCAGGUAAAAACUGUCACAGAUAUUUACAAACUUGGAUGUUAAUAACAUGAAAGAGAACAAUAUCAAAAGCUGUAAUCUAGAUAAAAUUGUUGGAUGUCCCCUAGUAGACAUACCGUAUAUUACGGGGAUGUUUUUAAAAACAAUUAAGUCUGGAUUAAUUAGAUAAUGCACCUGUAUUUAGGACCAUCUGAUUCCUUAUAGCUAAUAAUUAGGACCAUUUGAUGUCCUUGUUAUAACUAGUAGUUAGGACCAUCUUAUUAUAGCUAGUAUUUAGGACCAUCUGAUUUUCUUAUUAUAGCUAAUAUUUAGGACCAUCUGAUAUCCUUGUUAGGUUAUAUUCAGAACUUUUUAGGACCAUUUAUUGGCUAAUAUUUAGGACCAUUAAUAUUACGACAGUUCCAAUAAUCUUUUUAGUGGAUAAUAUUUAGGACCAUUUUAUAUAAACUAUUUAGGUGAUACUAUUUAGGACAGUCAUUUCAUCAACGCUGUGUAUUAGUUAUUAUAUGUGCAUAUAAAGGACAAUUUGUCAUCCAGGCCUCAAUACUUGUUUGGAAUAACAGUACUACAUGUAUAAGUAUAACCUUAUCUUAAAAUGUAAUUAAAGCAAAGUGACAGGAAAAUAAAUGUAAAAACACAAUGGUUAGAUAUCUCAGUAGUGUUUUUUUCAACAAAGCUGUUCAGGAUAACUUUUUAAAACCGGUUCCCGGUGAUGGUUUUCAUGUAUAGCCCUGAUUUACAUCAGUCUAAACUUUUUACUUCUGUGCUUUAAUCCUUUCAUUUUAUAUCGUUAACAUGUCAUCUGUGUGUAAACAAGUAUACAAUGGUACAAGUAUCUGUAUGUGUUAGAUUCACAAGUGCUAAAAACAGUGUUUUGAUAUAGAUUUGCAUGUUUUUUGAGACGAGGUAUUAAUAAAGAAUUGUAUAACC